GGCCCUUCCAAAAAAGGCGUUCCGACCCCCUCUGCCGACGCGCUUCCGAUCGCAACAGACUAUGUAAAGCAAGGAGCCUUUAUAAAACAGGGGGCCAUCAUAGUGCCACUCUCUCAGCUCGCUCAGCUCGCUCAAGGUGCUCAGCAUACUUCCCCAGUCAACUAGUACUCUCUUGGCACAAUGUCUGAACCCCUCACAAGGGAUGAUACCUUCGAGCGUCAUGUCCACUCAGCAGCGUUCGACAAGGAGUGCGCGGCGGCGGCGGCCGUGUACUCCAGGUGGAUUGGCAAUGGCCCCCCAUCCGACGACAGCGAUGUAGACUACUCCUCCGAACGCAGCAACCUCUGGGAGACGGACUCCUCCUCCGGCGUUCCUUCAGUCGACUCCUCUCCCUACGAUGUCUCUAAGCUCGAGGCCCACCUUUACUAUCUCGGUAUCCGGGGUCCCAGACGCUGGGGUCCCAAGUUGAUCUUCCGGACAUCCAAGGAUAUCUUCCCGGUGCCCUCGGGGCCAGAACCAUAUUGUCGCCCCAUGCGACUUCUGCCAGUCUACGAGCACCACAAACUUGGUAAAGACAAUUUGUGGGCUACUAUUCGGUCUAAGGUUGUUGAACUCCUUGACCAGCAAAACAUCCAGCAUUCGUCUGUCGACCUUGUUCGUUUCAGCUGGGUAGAGGAGAACAAGGAUGACAAGGAUGACAAUGACGACGGUGACGAGGAUAGCGAGGACAACAAAGUUGACGAGGACAUCAAGGAUGUUGACAUCAAGAUCGCCCCGUACGGGACAGUUGUUACCACUCCCGUAACAAUUUGGGUGGGAGUUUUGCCCGAUACUCUCACUGGCGAGAAGGCAUUCCACUCCUCCAAUGACAUUCUCGAUCUCCUCAAGGAGCAUGACAUUUUUGACAUUGAUGUUGCAUACCGUGAGUCGGUGGCCAGGGGCUUCAGUGGUCUCGAACUGUUCGCACCUGUCUCGGAUCUUGAUCCCCUCAAGGCUGUUAUCGAUCCCGUAACUACUGCACUUGGCCUGCCUAUUGCUGGCUUGAAGACGCUCAAGAGCCAGGGAACAAUGGGCUUCUACUUUAGAGCAGGUAAAGUUCUUUAUGCCGUCAUGGCCCGCCACGUUCUGUUCCCUGAAGAUGAAGGCAACUUUCCAUACUCCUAUGUCGCCGGACCUCAGAAGAAGGUCGUCCUCAUGGGUACCAAAGCUUUUACCAACUUCCUCAUAUCCAUCCAGGGCCAUAUCGGUCUCCUGAACAACAUGAUUACUGUUUUAGAGAAGCGGGCUGCGGUGUUAACGGCAAGGUCCCAAGGCAGUGGCCCUAAUGCUGAGCAGGCGGCACGCGAACUGGUGGAAACUCAACACGAGCUGAGCGAGACACCGACGGCGAUCAAGGAGCUGAAGAAGUUCUUCGUGAAGGUGAAGAAACAGUGGACAAACCCGAGGGACCGGGUCAUUGGACAUGUUGUCUGGGCACCUCCCGUCGGUGUCUCUGCCACUCAUGGUUAUACAAAGGAUGUCUGCGUCAUCAAGCUCGACGAGAAGAAGUUCUUGCAGAAUUUCAGAGGGAACGUACUCGACUUAGGCCCCGAGAUCGACGCCAGCAAGUUCGUCGGCCUGAUGUACCCUCGCAUCGGUGCACCGUCCGAUUUUGAUUAUCCAGACGAACGUCUCCUCGAGCUCCGAGGCAUUCUCUCUGCCGAAGAGAUGUGCAUACCCGACAACAAAGACCGCGAAGGCGCUCCCAUGCGAUACGUUAUCAAACGCAGCCUCACCACACUCACCACGAUCGGUUGUUUGAAUGGAUUUGAGUCUCAUGUCCGCCGCUAUUUCGUCCUGGGCAGCCGCGAUUCGGUGGAAGCAGCAAUCUACUCCUAUGACAACGAUUCCGGUCCGUUCUCCAGAGGUGGGGACUCUGGGUCCAUCAUCGUCGAUGCCCUCGGCAAGUUUGUUGCCCUCCUCACUGGUGGCACCGGUCUAAGCUAUUCCUCCGACAUCACGUUCGGUUCGCCGAUGUACUGGCUCUGGGAGAUCAUCGAGGCCCAGUUCCCCGGUGCCAACCUCUACUUCGAAGACGACGAUAACUAGGCCUUGGCGAGACGUCUCGCAUCGUUUGUUCCUGCGACUGCCCCCUCUCCCCUGUCCCCACGCUACUUGUCAUUCUGCGGCUCGUUCUCGUCCCUUGGCGCUUCGUUAUCUAUUGGUUGGCUAUUGGCGCAGAUAGGGCCCUCGAAUAUUCCCUAGGUAGACUGGUCCGGGCCGAAGUACCCCAUAUCCGGGUAGGAAGACAAUCACCCUCUCUGGCCUCGGAUGUAUAUGGUAAUUUUAACCCACCACAUGAUAUUCAAACUAAAGCUGCCAAGUUUGGUGACAGUUUGGACCGAACAUAGGCGUGUAUCUGGGUAGUAGGACUGGCUUUGGGCCGUUUUGGGUCGAAAUGUCUGGAUGAAUCGAUAGCCCCGAGGGCCUCUCGCUUCGCCAAACUUCAAGCGUUAAGUGUGCCAUGACCGGCCGCACACUGUAUGUUCGUUUCACGAUACGCAUUGACGACGCGAUGGGCACGAAAAUGGUGUCGAAAGCACGGUCAUCCAGGCGCAGGUAGGUGGUGGACGC